AGGGAUAUAAAUAACGCCCCCAAUAGAUUGAAACCGCCCGUUCAAAAUCCAUCCAUCCAUCCAUCAGCCCCUACACCAAUAACCGACGCUGCAAGAAUGGCUUCUGCCUUUCCCCAUCUCCUCCUACUCACCACCCUGGCAGCUAUCUGUCUUUUCUCCGACGUCCCUUCCGCGGCUUUGGGUGGUCGCCCCAAAGAUGCCUUAGUCGGCGGUUGGAGUAAGGCUGACCCCAAGGACCCAGAGGUGGUAGAGAACGGAAAAUUUGCCAUAGAUGAGCACAACAAGGAGGCCAAAACCAAGUUGGAGUUUAAAACUGUGGUGGAGGCGCAGGAGCAAGUGGUGGCCGGCACAAAUUACAAGAUUGUGAUUAAGGCAUUGGAUGGCACUGCUUCAAAUCUGUACGAGGCCAUUGUUUGGGUCAAGCCCUGGCUCAAAUUCAAGAAACUUACUUCCUUCAGGAAACUUCCCUGAUCAGAUUUAAGAGGAUGUAAUAAGCAUGUGUAUUUCUUGCUUAAAACUGUGGUAUGUAUAAUCAUGUGUAGUUCUUGCUUAAAACUGUGGUAUGACUAUGAGAGAUGUUUGAAGUGUACUACAAGAGCUUUCAUACAUAUGCAAGAGUUGAAGCACUUGUUUGCUUCUGAUAAUAAUAAUAAUAAUACAUCGUUUUAUUUGAUCCA